AUGGCUCCCGCAAACACGCUCCCCGCCUGGGCCGAGCUCGAGGCUCACCACAACAAAGUCGGCAAGUCCUUCGUGCUCAAGGACGCCUUCAAGGCCGACCCGAAGCGCUUCGACAACUUCUCCACCAAGCUCUCCCUGCCGGCCGACAUCUCGUCCGAGGCCAACGGCACCGAGAUCCUGUUCGACUUCAGCAAGAACCUCGUGACCGAGGAGACGCUAUCCCUGCUCGUUAAGCUAGCUGAGCAGGCCGGCCUCGAGAAGAAGCGGGAUGAUAUGUUUGCGGGUGAGAAGAUCAACUUCACCGAGAACCGGGCUGUCUACCAUGCUGCGCUGCGGAAUGUGGGUGGUGUGGAGAUGAAGGUCGAUGGGGUGGAUGUGAUGAACACGAAGGGGGGCGUUAAUGAGGUGUUGGAACAUAUCCGGGUGUUCUCGGAGCAGGUCCGCAGUGGGGAGUGGAAGGGGUUUACGGGCAAGAAGCUGACGACCAUUAUCAAUGUUGGUAUUGGCGGGUCUGAUCUCGGCCCGGUCAUGGUCACGGAGGCCCUUAAGCACUACGGCGCCAAGGACACCACCCUGCACUUUGUGUCCAACAUCGACGGCACGCACAUCGCCGAGGCACUCGCCAACUCGGAUCCCGAGACGACGCUCUUCCUGAUCGCGUCCAAGACGUUCACGACGGCCGAGACCACGACCAACGCCAACACGGCCAAGUCGUGGUUCCUGGAGAAGACGGGCGGCAAGGGGGACAUCGCGAAGCACUUCGUGGCCCUCUCGACCAACGAGGCCGAGGUGACCAAGUUCGGCAUCGACGCCAAGAACAUGUUUGGGUUCGAGAGCUGGGUCGGCGGUCGUUACUCGGUCUGGAGCGCCAUCGGCCUGAGCGUGGCGCUGUACAUUGGCUACGACAACUUCCGCAAGUUCCUAGCCGGCGCCCACGCGGUGGACAACCACUUCCGCAGCACGCCACUGCGCCAGAACAUCCCCGUACUGGGCGGCCUGCUCUCGGUCUGGUACUCCAACUUCUUCAACGCGCAGACCCACCUGGUUGCGCCAUUCGACCAGUACCUGCACCGAUUCCCGGCCUACCUGCAGCAGCUCUCCAUGGAGUCCAACGGCAAGACCAUCACGUCGGACGGCUCAUCGGCUAAGUACACGACGGGCCCGAUCCUGUUCGGCGAGCCGUGCACCAACGCGCAGCACUCCUUCUUCCAGCUGGUGCACCAGGGCACCAAGCUGAUCCCGGCCGACUUCAUCCUCGCGGCCAAGUCGCACAACCCGGUCUCGGGUAACCUGCACCAGAAGAUGCUGGCGUCCAACUAUCUGGCCCAGGCCGAGGCGCUCAUGGUCGGCAAGACGGCCGACGAGGUCCGCGCCGAGGGCGGCGUCGCCGAGAACCUGGUCCCCCACAAGGUCUUCCUCGGCAACCGCCCGACCACCAGCGUGCUCGUCAGCGGCGUCAUCGGCCCUGCAGAGCUCGGCGCCCUCAUCGUCUACUACGAGCACCUGACCUUCACCGAGGGUGCCGUCUGGGACAUCAACAGCUUUGACCAGUGGGGCGUGGAGCUGGGCAAGGUGCUGGCGAAGAAGAUUCUCAAGGAAAUUGAUGAGCCUGGGAACGGCCAGGGGCACGAUGCCUCCACUGGCGGGUUGUUGGGUUCGUUUAAGGCGUUUGCGAACCUGUAG